GCCCAUAUUUGUGCCAACAAAUACAUGGUAAAGAGUUGUGGCAAGGAUGGCUUUCAUAUCUGAGUGAGGCUCCACCCUUUCCAUGUCAUCCGUAUCAACAAGAUGUUGUCUUGUGCUGGGACUGACAGGCUCCAGACAGGUAUGCGGGAUGCCUUUGGGAAGCCCCAGGGCACAGUGGCCAGGGUUCAUAUUGGCCAGGUCAUCAUGUCCAUCCCCACCAAGUUGCAGAAUAAGGAACAUGUGAUUGAGGCUCUUUGCAGAGCCAAGUUCAAGUUCCCUGGUCGCCAGAAGAUCUACAUCUCAAAGAAGUGGGGCUUCACCAAGUUUAAUGCGGAUGAAUUUGAAGACAUGGUUGCUGAGAAGCGGCUCAUUCCUGAUGGCUGUGGUGUCAAAUAUAUCCCCAAUCGUGGUCCUCUGGAUAAGUGGAGAGCCCUGCAUUCCUGAAGGCUUCCAGUGCUCUCCUAUACCCUACCAAAUCAUGUUCAAUAAUAAAUCUUGCAUCAAGUCC